UAAUGAAGAUUAUUUUAUUAUUGCUACCGUAUCUUGCAUUGAGCACAAUACAUCCUGAGGGUAAUCUAGACUUUGUAAAGUAUUGCAAAUACUUUAAUUACCCUGUGGAAGAACAUGUUAUCCAAACAGAGGAUGGCUAUCUUCUAACAUAUUUUAGAGUCUAAGCAAAAGGAACAAAAAUGGUAUCAGGCAAAAAAGUUGUCCUUCUUCAACAUGGACUCUUAGAUAGUAGUGAUACAUUCAUUAUUAAUGAUGAAGAUAAAGCACCUGCCUUUUUAAUUGCUAAUAAAGGCUAUGAUGUUUGGCUUGGUAUUUUAGAUUUAUUAUUCAUCUUUAGGUAACAAUAGAGGAAAUAAACAUGGCAGAGCUCAUGUUAAAAAGAAUCCAUUCUUUUGGGCAUUCUGGGAUUUCACAUUAGAAGAUUUCGCUAUCUAUGAUCUCCCUGCCGGAUUUAAAUAUAUAGUUAAUAAGACUGGUCAAAAAAUUCAAUAUAUUGGACAUUCAUAAGGAACAGCUUAAAUGCAUAUUCAUUUAUCUCUUUUCAAACAAAGUAUUGUCAGAGACAAUCUGAUAUAAUUUAUUGGAAUGGGACCUGUUGCUUGGGUUACAACAAAAUAUUCUCCAUUAGUCCGUCUUCUUGAUACUAAUUUCUUAGAAGUUUUAGCAACAUUUGGAUUACAUGAAUUUAUGCCUGGAGAUACAUUCCUAACAUCUGAAGUAGGCAGAGUAGUUUGUGGAAUUUUGGAGAACCUUUGUGGAGAUUUGAUUGGAUCAUUUGUUUCAGCAGAUCCAGUUUUAGAUAACUAUGAUCGUUAUGAUGUUUUAGCUGGACAUUCUCCUGCUGGUACAAGUGUAAAGAAUCUUAAGCAUUGGUAAUAAUUUACAAGGACUGGAGAAUUUAAGAGAUAUGAUUAUGGAGACAAAGAAAAUUUAAAGAAAUAUGGAACAAAGAAAGCUCCCCAUUAUGAUUUAUCAAAUAUUGAUGUCAAGUAAUUAUUAAAAAUUAUAAAUUAGAAUAUUCUAUAUUGCAGGAUAUGAUGAUUUGUUAGCUGCUCCUAAAGAUGUGAAUCAUCUUUUUUCAGCAUUAGUAAAUGCACCAAAUAAAGAACUUAAAUUCUAUGAUGCUGGACAUUGUUCUUUUAUGUGGGGAAGAUAAUUGCCAUAUCUUGAAGAUUUAUGGGCUCAUUUAGAGUGAU